AUCGGCAAGCUCCACCACAAUCGCACAGGACAGGACAAACCCAAGGAGGAACAAUCUGGGCUCUGGAACAAUCCAUCCUCCUUGAUUUAUACGCUCGCACGGAGUCCGCCUGAAAGCCGGCAGCACACAAGGGCCAGGCCAGGCCAAGCGAGCGAGUUAGCUCCCGUCCCACUCGACAUGGCUCUAGAGGCGUGGAUGGUCGGGGAGAAGGGAGAGGACCUCGACGGCCCUAAGGAGCUCCUGCCCCUCUCCAAGCUCGAAGAGAUUGGGGUGUUGUAUUGGCAUUUGGAUCCUAAGAAAUCUGAGAGCAAAGAAGAGCUCACAAAAAUCCGCAAAGACAGAGGAUACAGCUACAUGGAUGUCAUUGAGAUAUGUCCUGACAAACUGGAAAAUUAUGAGGAGAAGGUGAAGAACUUCUUCCGUGAGCACAUACAUACUGACGAAGAGAUCCGCUACUGCUUGGAGGGCAGCGGGUACUUUGAUGUCCGUGACAAGGAUGACAAGUGGAUCAGGAUUUGGAUAAAAGAAGGGGAUAUGAUCAUCCUACCAGCUGGAAUUUAUCAUCGGUUCACCGUCGACAGCGCCAACUAUGCGAAGCUCAUGAGGCUUUUCAUCGGAGAGCCAGUCUGGACUGCAUUGAACCGGCCUCAGGACGACAAUCCUGUGAGGCAAGAGUAUGUCAAAAAUGUGAUGGGGAACACUGGGUUUGCCCUUGCAGCACACUGAGUCUAUCACCAUUCGUCUACAUACGAAUAUAUGAUAAUUUGGGGGCUCAUGUAUAUCACAUAUA